AUGCCGGCGAAGGAGUUGACUCGUCCUUGUAUGGACUGCAAAGAUGCCGAAGCAGUUCUAACAACCCGAAAGAGGUCGCUGUGCAGUCAUUGUUUCAAAUUAUUUAUUGCACACAAGACCUUUCGGCGCAUGGAUCACCAUAAAGCGCCACCGAAGAAGCAAAAGGAUUACGUUCCAUCGAAGCUGCUUCUACCCUUGUCUCUCGGCGUCUCGUCCUCGGUCCUCUUGCAUAUCCUAGACGGGCAACUCCAGCGUCAAAUUGCCAAUAUACAUGGCCGAGUAGCCUAUCAGCUCCAUGUCCUUGUCAUCGAGCCCUCGACUAUCUCGCCAGGCAACUUGUCAUAUGACUCAAACUUUGAAGAACUCCAAAGAAAGUUUCCGACGCACGCCUUUACUCGACUGCCGUUCCACAGUGUCUUCGAAUACGUCCCCGAAAUGAAGGACCUCAUAAAUGAAUACGCGGGGACUCAGUUUGCCGAUGAUAGCUCUCGGUCGGAUAAGGAUCGCCUAGCUGCUUUCCGCGCCUGUGUUGCCACUGCGACGUCCAAAGAUGACCUGGACAAUGUCCUACUGACCAGGCUGGUUGUCGCGUUCGCGAAGCAAGCUGGCUGCGAGACUAUUCUAUGGGGUGACUCGGACACCCGCCUUGCAGCGAAAACACUCGCGGGUGCUGCGAAGGGCCGCGGUGCGUCGCUGACCUGGCAGGUGUCCGAUGGUAUGUCUCCAUGGGGUGUGCAAUUCGAGUUCCCCCUCCGUGAUAUCAACAAGCCUGAACUGCAUCAAUUUGCGAGUGUCUGCUCGGAGCUUGCAAAUAUUGUCGUCCCUGAUCAGCCAAUUUCGGAGAAUACGCUCACGAAGAACUUGUCCAUUGAUGAGCUGAUGAUGCGCUACGUCGAGACUCAGGGCGCGAAAUACCCCGGUGUCAUUGCGAAUGUGUCAAGAACUGCAAACAAGCUCCAGCCCGCCGGGUCUGAUGAUUGCGCUGAAUGCGCACUGUGUGGGAGCCUUGUGAGCAAUGUCAAAGGCAACACUGGAAUUACUGUCUCCAGUCAAUUUGGUGAAAGCCAAGGCUCUCGGUUCUGCUACGGAUGCUCGAGGUCUCGUCCUGAAGUUCGUUCCUAA